AUGGCGUCCCAUAUACCCGCAGGCUAUGCCGAAGACCGACUGCAUCGGUACCUUGCGCAUUGGACCCGGGACCCCUCCAACGUUCGCAAGCUUGAUGUGGAUGCCAUCAGCUGGUCGACAGCGGAUGAGCGUCUCGCAAGGCAGAAGAACGCUUGCCAGGUGGGAUCCGACUACUACGAUCUUGUCACGCCGCUGUAUGAGCAAGGAUGGGGCCAGCAGUUCCACUACACACCCCUCAGGCCAGGCCUCUCCAUCCGCGAGAGCAUGACGGCAUAUGAGAAGACAUUUGCCGAGAUCGCCCGGCUGGAAAAGGGUAUGCGGGUACUCGACCUUGGCUGCGGCAUUGGCGGACCUGCGAGGACCAUUGCCUCAACCAUUGAGUGUGAGAUCGUGGGCAUCACCAACAACGCAUGGCACGUCGAGCGUGGGACGGCGCUGAACAAGGAAGCUGGGUUAGACAAACUCGUCUCGCUGGUCCAUGGGGACUUUCUGAAACUCCCAUUCCCCGAUGAAUCUUUCGACGCGGCCUACUCGGUGGAGUCGUUGUGCUACGCUCCGGAUCCCGCCCAGGUCUACCUCGAGAUCAAGCGUGUACUGAAGCCAGGCGCACCCUUUACUUUCCAUGAUUUUGCCAUGACCGAAAACGAGCCUGCACCUUGGUACUACGGGCCCGGAGGUAAUAUCUGGUGGGCAUGGAGAACACCCGGGUGGCCCGACUUCUGGAAGGUGUUCAAGAUGUGGGAGCCCUUCCGCGGGUGUGCCCAUGCCUUCUACCGCCUCCUAAUCCUCCUCGGCCGAACGCCACCCGAGGUCUCGACGCUGAUGGACACUAUGUGGUACUGUACCAAGGGUGUGGCUAAGGGGGGCAAAAUGGGUAUCUUCACUCCGAUGUAUGUGUUUGUUUGCCGGAAACCCGGACAGUAA